AUGGUUGAUAAUGCGCCGGCGAGCGCAGCCAACACGGACCAGCCAGGUCGCCCCUACUACGAGAGUCUGCGAAACACGCUCAAAAACACAUUAACCAAGAAGCGACAGCUCGACGAGCAAAUGCAAGCGCUUGAGGACAACAUUUACAAAAUGGAGAGCAGCUAUCUCGAGGAAACCAAUGGUGCUGGCAAUAUCGUGCGCGGCUUUGACGGAUGGGUCAAGGGCGUCGUGGUAGGAGGAGACAAANAAGCCGUCGAGGACCGCAAGGCCAGAGUCAGAGUUCGUGACGAAGACCGCGUCUUUUCACGGAGCUCCAUGNCCCAAGACUCGGACAUGCCCACCUCGGCUACCAAUACUCCCUCCCAUGCACCCACACCAGCCUCGUCGGUGCCUCCUCAAUUGACCUCGAGGGACAGCAACCAUGCCACUCCUAGCAGUACCGUCUCAAAGGCCAACAGCAAGAAAAAGAAAGCCGCCGACAAGGAGGAUGACGAAGACAAUAAGCCGGCCAAAAGACUGAAGAUUACCUACGGCCGCGAAUAA